CUUAACCUUAUUAUCCUUUCUUCAUUUUUGUUUUAGCUCUCUUAUAUACUUAAUAUGGAAGCUUGGCUAGCUGAAUUGGAAAAGGAUCUAAGUUCAGUGAGCUGUUUAAUGAACGAUCCUUACAAUCAAAUGCCUGGUGCAACCAUGGGCGUGGAUAUUUCUUACCUUUACUCAGCUGAGAGUGACACUAAUAAGCACUCUCCUGAUUUGUCUGUGUGGGAUAUUGAUACCAUUUUAGUGGAACAAGUUACAACACCACCCCUUAAUAUCGGGAAAUUAUGAUAUCUGGCAUAAAAAUAAAGAUAAAGAUAAAGAUAAGGAUAAAAAUAAAAAUAAAAAUAACGAUAAAAUGAGGAAGCAAGGAGUGAGUAGUGGUGCAAAGAGGAAAAGACAGCCAGAUCAAGUUCAUGAUCAUAUCUUAGCUGAAAGGAAGCGCCGAGAAUUGCUUAGUCAGUUAUUCAUUUCUCUUUCUGCCCUUGUUCCUGGUCUUAAGAAGAUGGACAAAACAUCAAUCUUAGGAGAGGCAGUGAAGUACAUGAAACAACUUAAAGAAAAUGUUAAAACACUAGAAGAAGUUGUUGCAAAGAGGACGGUACAAUCAAUGGUGGUAAUGAAUAAAUCUCAAUUAAUUAUCGACAAUUGUGGUGUCGAUAACGAUUCUUCGUCGACAAUUGAUGACAAUUGUGCGAGUGGCACCAGUGGUAGUGGGAACAACGGUGGUGAUGGUGGUGGUCACGACGUAGACAAUCUUAUUAAUGGUUCACUUCCUGAAAUUGAAGUUAAGAUCUUAGGAAACACACUUCUCUUAAGACUUAAAUGCAAAAAUAAAAAGGGAAUUAUGAACAUGUUAUUUGCUGAGUUGGACAACUAUAAUUGUACCGUCACGAAUUUUAGUGCUAUGAAAUUUGAAACCUUGGCACUAGAUGUUACCGUUGUUGCGCAGAUAGAAGGAGACUUUAAUAAGAAAUUGAAACAAUUUAUGAGGACUCUUCGCUCAGCCCUUCAGUAGGGAAAUCAUCGCAAAUGACAUGGGUGGAGCUAAAUCUGUUUAUUUGUGUUAUCGGGUCGAUUUUAAAUUAGGUAUUUGGGGUCUAUUCAAAAUCGAGUCUUGUGCCCACAUUGGUUUUGUUAAGAGUAGUCAGUAUGUUUAUGUUUUUAGUUCAUUAGUUGUGUAUUCUUAGUUUGUCUUAUUCCUUUUGUUUUCUUUGCUUAGCUGAGAAACUAAUUUCAUUAAUUCAAGGAAUAACAAAAUAGUAGUUGUUGUUCCAUCUCUUUUCUUUCUGUACAUUGUACUUUCAUCCCUAUUUUGGGAAAUAUUUCAUGGUAUCAGAGCAAGGAUUAAUCCUUCUUUUCUCUUUCAA